AGUUCCCAUGCCAGAUACAGAGCUUCACGUGAUAUUCAAUCAACCUGACGAAGUUUUCCACCCGGGAAAACCGAUUUCCGGGCGAGUGGUGCUCUCAACGACAAAGGAAAAAUACAAGGCACGCGCAGUGAACAUCAAGAUUUUGGGAUUGGCUCACACUAGCUGGACGGACACCGAGAGAGUUCGCAAAGUUAACGCCGAAGGCAAAGAAACCUACGAGACAAAAAUAGUCAACUACUCUGCAAAUGUGAACUACCUGGACUAUAGCUUGCUUCUGUGGGCUUCAUCAGAUGGAUCGAACGAACUGGCAGCUGGAGAAUACGCGUGGCCAUUUUCUUAUACUCUUCCUAUCAAUGUUCCACCGAGCUUCGAGGGAAAAUAUGGAUAUUUGAGAUAUUCAGUGACAGCUGAAAUUGAUCGGCCAUGGCGUGUGGAUAAGGAUAAGAAGCGAUGCAUCACUGUUUCACCAUUGAUCGAUCUCAAUGUCAUUCCUCACGCUCUCACUCAAAUCAACGACCAAGCAAGUGAGAAUCUCGGUUGCUGUUGCUUCACAAAGGGAUAUCUCGAGCUUCGUGUAAACAUCCCAAAAACGGGAUUCGUUCCCGGUGAAACUGUCCCCAUGAAUAUCCAUAUACUCAAUCACUCCUCCGUACCCGUUACCAAAGUCAAGGCAAAAAUCAUUCAGCAGUGCAAGUUCAUUGCAUACCGAAACGGUACAACAGUCACUUAUGACGGAGGUUACGAGACCAGUACGUCCGGAAUGCUGCAGGAAACACAACACGACACUAGGACCGUUGUCAAGCAGGGUCUGGAAAUGAAAGUGGCUCCCAGGAAUGAGCACAAGUUUGCGAUGGAGCUCCGUCUUCCGUCUGUGACUCCAACCAUCAAUCAGUUCUCCCCUGUGAUUACUGUAGAGUACAUUGUGCAAUUCCACGUGGAGACUAGCACGACUUGUGGGGGUAACGUCGAUUGUGAAAUGUCAAUUUUAAUUGGAACAGUCCCUAUCAGCAAAUAUCUUCCACCAGCCUACUACCCACAGGAUCCAAAUCUUCCGCCGAGCCAACCAACGCCAAUUGGAGGAGGAGUUGCUCCGGCUGGAGUUGCUCCAGCUGGAGUCGUCCCACCACCAGGAUAUGGAUUCUUACCAAUGACUGAUGGUACAGACAAUGGAGCCGGAGAUACACCAUAUCCAGUUGGUCCGCCUUAUCCAUCUGAUGUGCCUGCUCCAUAUCCAAGCGGGGAUGAGCCAAAAGAUGGUACUGUAGUAGUCCCAUCUGCUCCACCACUAUCCUACGAAGAAUCAAUGUAUGGAACAGAAGGAACCGAGCUCAAUACUGAUGAAAAUGCACAACCAUUUGCUCCAAAAUAUCCCGUAUUCAACGAUUUGCCUGUGUAUAACCCAACGGCGCCACCUCCAGAGUAGCAUAUUUUAAUAUGAGUCUGUUUGCUUUGUCUUCGUCACAUAAUGUUCAAAAUAUUGAUUUUUAAAGGAUUUUUCUAUAUACUUUGUAUUAUUUAUCCCUCGGUAGUAAGUUUUUCUUGUUUUUUUAUGCAUAAAUUAUUAAACUA